GCAGCGUGUCCUGUAAAAUAGAAAAUAAAACGUGGAGUAGGGAAGGGUUUGAGACGGUAAAGAUGCAACGAAGUUGAAGAUUUUACUUCGUGUACUGUCUGGGUGAGGUACCGAUACAGUGAUUGUUUAUUGGGGAAGAGGGUUUGUGAAGGGGUGAAAUCCAAAAGGCAAUUGUAGGUGUAUCUCACAGCGCCAGUGACAUUUUAUUACUGCUUGUCUUUAACUGGCCUCGCCAUGCUCCCGGAACGGGAAGUCACAGGAGCCCGUCUCGACAACAUUUACAAACAAAACAGCUCCACGUGUCAGAGUUGUCACUUUCGGUUCGCCAAACCCGUCUCCAUCCGCAACGGACACAGAUGCUCCGCCCAUCUGGCCGCAAGCCAAUCAUCUCUUAGCUUCCCUCCGUUCCAUUGGUGGGUUUUUACGUUACUCAUUUAGUUCCUGGAUUCUCCUCCAAUCGUAAUCGAGCCUGGAGUUCCGUCUUCUGUUUAGCCAAUCGCGGGUGAGCGGCGGGUGCUCCGGGCCGCAAGCGGGCGCGCGCUAUGGUUGUCCGCUGACGGUUGGAGCGCGAGGGCGAGGCAUGGCGCGGGCCCGCGGGUGGGAGGUGCUGCUCGCCCUCAACUAAGCACGAAGCCAUGGCGGGGUCCCGGCGGCCAGUAGCCCUCAUCUUGGUCGUCCUCCUGCUGCGUGGUGUGGGAUGGGUUAUGCUGUGGAUUUCGGCUACACCCCAUUAAGCUGACGAAGAUUUGACUUGUCGAAUGACUGGAGAGAACUUUAUAAAGACUCUGUAAAAUCAUUUGCCCCUCAACUCGAGAUGUCGAGUAUGCUGCCAGUACAGUGACUCUCCCAGAAACCUUGCUGUUUAUAUCCACACUUGAUGGGAACCUCCAUGCUGUCAGCAAACGGACUGGGGAGAUCAAAUGGACCUUAAAAGAAGAUCCAAUCAUUCAGGUUCCAGUCUACCUGGCCAAACCAGCAUUUCUUCCAGAUCCAACUGACGGAAGUCUCUAUGUCAUGGGAGGGGCAGCUAAAGAGGGGCUAAUGAAACUCCCUUUCACCAUCCCUGAGCUGGUUCAUUCCUCUCCUUGUCGGAGCUCUGAUGGAAUACUGUACACAGGUAAGAAACAGGACCUGUGGUUUGUAGUAGAUCCUGAAACUGGAGAAAAGCAGACCACAUUGACCACAGAUAUGCCAGGGAACAUUUGUCCAUCUGCUCCUCUCCUGUACAUUGGGCGAACAGAGUAUAUGAUCACCAUGUAUGAUACCAAGACACGUGAAAUGUACUGGAAUGCUACAUACUAUGACUACUCUGCUCCUUUAUGCAAUGAAAAUACAGACUAUAAAAUGGCUCAUUUUGCAUCAAAUGGUGAUGGUUUGGUAGUGACUGUAGACAGAGCCUCAGGUGAUGUCCUUUGGAUGCAGAAUUAUGGAUCUCCUGUGGUAGGGAUGUUCAUUUGGCAACAAGACAGCCUUCACCAGAUACCUCACCUCAAUGUUGCCAUGGAAACAUUGCGGUACCUCACCUUUAACUCUCAGGACAUCCGAAUGAUAAAGUGGAAGUACCAGUUUGCGAAAGAGCCGUCCACUACAAAGACCCAAUUGGUUCCCACAGUUUAUGUUGGGAAACAUGAAUCUGCCUUCUAUGCCUCAACAUCGCUCGUCCAUGAAGGAGUUGCUGUAGUGCCUCGUGGAAUCCCCAUGUCAAUGGUCGUACAUGUCAAUGGUCCCACAACUGAUGAUGUCACUGUGCAAGAGCAAGGCGCUUGUGAAAGAACUCCAAGCACUCGAGUCAAAUAUCCCCCGGGGAGUUUUCUUGCAUCUGGUAAUGUCGAGAACCAAUGGCUGAUCAUAGGUCAUCAUGAACUCCCCCCAGUUGCACACACUACAAUCCUGAGGACGUUUCCGGAACCCGUGAAGAAGAAAAAUGAGGCUGUCAUCACAACAAAGACCAGCACCAGAACUAUUGAUGAAUUUAUGUCGCAGAAUAACCAGAUGCAAUCAAAAGAUUUUGAUGAAAAUUAUCGGAUAGACAAUGAAGUGAAGCCAGAGGCUACAACAGAGACUGUGCCUGAAUUUGGAAACCAGGACAUUCUGACUGCAGUCAUACUUGGUUUACUAGUAGGAUGCUGGGUGGUGUUUCUAAUCAUCUAUCCAAAGAAGAUGCGUCGGCAGCAGAAAUUACAACAGGAACAACUGCAACAACACCUGGAGGAGAGGUUUCAGCUGCUUCAGCAGCAACCACCGCGCUCUGCUGACCAGAUCAAGUUGGACUCUCCAGAAUUCUCCAGUGAGGUAUCUCAAACCUCCCUAAAAGAAGCCCAGGGACCCAGCACACCAAGUCAUGACAGCAGUACCCACUCGUCAGAGCAAACUCCUGGUUACAGUUUAUUCAAUGGUACUGUUAGUUACAAUGAAAUAGUGGCUGAUGCUGGAACCAACUUGGUUACAAUAGGAAAGAUUUCCUUCAAUCCAAAAGAUGUACUAGGUCAUGGAGCUGGGGGAACAUUUGUAUUCCGGGGGACUUUUGAUAAUCGUAAUGUUGCUGUGAAAAGAAUUCUCCCUGAAUGUUUCAAUUUUGCCAACCGUGAAGUUCAGCUCCUUCGGGAAUCUGAUGAGCAUCCCAAUGUCAUUCGCUAUUUCUGUACUGAAAGGGAUAAGCAGUUUUAUUAUAUUGCAAUCGAGCUGUGUGCAGCUACCCUGCAAGAGUAUGUGGAAGAUUGUAAAUUUGACUAUGUUAAUCUGGAUCGAGUCACAGCACUCUUUCAGACCAUGUCUGGCCUAGCUCAUCUGCAUUCCCUUAAUAUUGUCCAUCGUGACUUGAAACCACGCAACAUCCUCAUCUCCCUGCCAAAUUCUCAUGGAAAUGUAAGGGCAGUGCUCUCGGACUUUGGACUGUGUAAGAAACUGUCUGCUGGACAUCACAGUUUCAGCCUACACUCUGGUAUACCUGGAACAGAGGGUUGGAUUGCACCUGAGGUUUUACAAGAGGAUCCCAAAGACAGGCCUGACAGGAACAACAACCCAUAUCAGGAUUCAGGACAGAGACACACAACAGACAUCAGGAUUCAGACAUAUGCAAUCGACAUUUUCUCAGCUGGCUGUGUCUUUUAUUAUGUUGUUUCCAAAGGAAAGCAUCCAUUUGGAGAAUCGUUCCGGCGACAGAGUAAUAUCUCAUUAGGGCGGUACACAUUAGAACAUUUUGAACAAGAGACACAUGAGAAUAUUGUGGGUAAGCACCUAAUCGAACAAAUGAUCAGUGACAAUCCACAGCGACGACCCUCUACUCAGUGUGUCCUGAAACAUCCCUUUUUCUGGACUAAAGAAAAGCAGCUUCAGUUCUUUCAGGAUGUGAGUGAUCGGAUAGAAAAGGAAGCAGUGGAAGGGCCAAUUAUUUGUAGGUUGGAGUCUGGUGGAAGAACAGUGGUAAGAACAAAUUGGAGGAUGCAUAUCUCCAUUCCCUUACAGACAGACUUGAGAAAAUUUCGGACGUACAAAGGAAACUCUGUACGUGAUCUUCUCCGAGCCAUGAGAAAUAAGAAACAUCACUACCAUGAACUACCGCUGGAGGUACAAGAGACACUGGGAGAGAUACCAGACCAGUUUGUGCAGUACUUCACAUCUAGAUUCCCAAAGCUGCUGCUGCAUACAUAUGAAGCAAUGCAGGUAUGCAGCCAUGAGAGGCUCUUUCACUUGUAUUAUCAUCAGGAAGUUGGAGACCUGAAUAUCAAAUGUGCCAAACUGGAAACCUAGGAAGCAAGCUUCAGUUAGCACAAGUAUGCUUGUGGUAAUACAUGGAACUGAAGGAAGUCUUCUUCAGGCUGAAGUGCUUCACAUAGAAUAGAGCAAGAUGAUAUUUUUGGAGAACAAAGAGGUGCAAUGACCUGUUCACAAUCAUAAACCGUCCACCAGUGGAUUGUCUGACUAACUCUACACUGAAAACAAUUUAUCAGGAAGAUUGGAUGGGAAAAAAAUUGUGAAUGUGAUCAUAAGGUUGUCAAGUGGACUGUCCAGCAAGGAGGUGGAGCAGAACAACAAGGAAGGAAGAACCAGUCUGAAGCACUAUUCCAUCUUCUAAUCAUGAGGCCAAAGCUAGAGAGUUGCUUUACAGAAGAGUGAACCGUGUGCUGGAGCCAUAAACACAGGAAACUUGGAUAGGUUAAAAAUGGAAAAUUUUCUGUUCUACAGAUGAAGUUUGUGCCAUACUGACACUGACUGAUACAACACAUAAUAGUUAUAACACUGGCUACUAAUGUUUACUAUAUAGUAUUAGUAUAAAAUGACCUUGUACAUGUGACAAAAUAAUUUUUAUUUGGAUUAUGUGUUUUAGGUUAAGUACAACUUUUAAAAAUGUAUUUUUAUAUCUAGAUCAGUUUUUCUUCCUUAUUACAAGGUUAGUGUAUACUGAUCACCAAUAUCCUUUUGCAAUGCUUUAAUUUCCUUAUGAAACUGUUAAUAGCUGAGUUACUUUGAGAAAGGAGUCAGUGAAUAGUAAGCAGGAGCAGAAAUGGAAACCACAGGGCUGAGCCCUUUUGUUGGACUUGCUGCUCCCUUCACCAAUCAGAUAAUGAGAACCAAGCUUUUGGGUUGUAACCGAGUAAUUGCAACCUAGUUUUCUGGACGAUAUAUGUAUGGCUCACCUGAAUUAUGUUGUGGAUUUGAAAUUAAUGCUGCAUAAACUGGAGUGAGCAUUCUUGUGCUCAAAGUUUGGUGGUGGCCAGAACUUGAUUACUUUACUCUUGGAACAGGUGUGAUGCAUUUGAUUUGUGAUAUGCUGCGUGGUGUUAGAGAUAGGAUAAUCUUAAUAUUUUUACAAUGAAAAUCAAACUGCCAAAGAUUUGGGAAUGGGUGAAAAAUUAGUUGAUGUAAUUUUAAGGAAUAGAUACAAUAAGUGAUAGUGGUUUAUAAAGACUUUUCUGCUGUGCAGUAUUGAUAAGGCUAUGAUUGUUUCCAAACUGAAUAAAAUGUUUAUUUAAUGUG